CUCUGAAAUGUGGUAAAUAAUUAAAUUUUUUUUUUUAAACUCUGAUAUUUAAGAGCAGAGACUGUACAUUAUGGAAAGUAUAGCCCGAUAUUUUUAAGAACGUAAACCGGAAGUAAUUGCGCAGUGAUCUUGUACACAACAUGGUUUCCAGCGGUGUACACAAACUGGUCUGGUAUUGAAAAAAAAUGGAAUAACUUUUUAAUAUGUAAUUUCUUGUAUGUGUCAGUGAGAAAAUCAAAAAAGAAAAUGCCUUGCACAAAGGUUAACCUCUCCCAAAUGGUCGAUCUGGCCUUGGGAUCACCAGAAGUAGGUUCUGUAAAUUUCAAUGUUCUUCACACAUUACUGCAUGCUAUGCUAAAACGUCUAAAUAUUGUAGACGUACAAGCGGAUAUAAAUGAAUUUGAUCGGGAUUUUUUGUCAGCAUCUAAAGCUAGGGAGUUAUCAGUGUUAAGUGAUGUUGACAGUGGACGAGGAGAGGAUACAGAAGACACUCUCAGUGAGAGGUCGUCCGCUAUGCCUACUCCUAGUACAGGGAGGAAAACACCUUAUCAUCAUCUUGAGAUUAAGGUUGCUAAAUUACAGGAACAACUUGAUAACAUUACAUCUGUUCCAUCAAAUCAAGAUUUGUUCGAAAAGGCAAAAACACAAUAUGCAGAAAAACCAAUUGGUGAAAUGUGGAUGAAUAUGCAGUUGAUGAGCCGUGUGGAAACCAAUGAAAAAGGCAUUGCAAAGUGUAUGUCAAUGAUUGAAGACAUGAUGAAAGAAAUGCAGUCAUUGAAAGAUGCUAACAAAAAUCUUAUGGAUAAAGUAAAAGGGUUGAACAUUGAUGAUUUGUUGAAGAGAUUAAAAGAUUUGGAAUCCAAAAUGAAUGAUAUGAAUGACCGAUUUAACUUAUUGCCUUCGCCUGACGAUUUUGCUCAGUUUGUUACUUGGGCAGGAUUAGAGGAUGCUCUUAGUGGUAUUAAAAAAGACUGGGAAAACAUGCAGCAGCCGCCAUCAGAACGAGUUGUUAUAGAAAUGUCUAGUCAAACAGAAGCUAAACGACAAUUUAAGCCAUCCAGACCAGCCUCCUCUCGCCCAGGUACUCGUAUGAGCUCAGGAUCAACAGGCCCAUCGGAAACACUACUGGAAAUCUUAGAAAAACUAGGUAGACUUAGUGAGAGUCAUGAUUCAUUGACCAAACGAGUGGAGAUUUUAGAGGAGGAAUUGAAAAACAAAUUAGACAAAGGUGCCUUGGAUAACCUCAAUGUUUCAUCAGACCUUCUGGAACAACUUCAGCAACUUAAACAGGAAGUGGAUGCUCUAGCAGCAGCAAGAGAAAAGCUAGGCGGAGAAUCUGUUGCUAACACAAUGUAUGCUGUUGUAAGAGCAGCGAAAAAAUUUAAAGAAAAAAGAAGUGUAUCAUUUGCUGAGAGUAGUGAUGAUUCAGGGCUAGAAGCAAAAGAGGCAUCAAGUGCUGAACUUCUCUUGUUACAACACGAAAAAGAAAUGCAAGCAAUAGCAAUGGAGAGUCUUAAGACGAAGGUAGAAUCUUUAGAGGAUAGAUUGAAACUGCUCCAGGAUAUGGUUAUGGGUGACAAUGCCUACCAGAAUAACGUGGCUGAUCUCAAAACAUGGCUGACAGAUAUGGAGAAUCGGCCCGACCCAUUAGAAGGUUUGAUGUCAGAAAGUUCAAGUGAACGAGAGAGUACACCAGUAGAAGUAAUAACAAAGAAAAGUGAAUUAAAAAUUGAAGAUCCAAGUGAUUUUGAACAAGACAUGAUGGAUAUAUUUUCAAAAGAUCCAGGUCAUCGUGACAGCUCUGAAGGUUCAACUGUUAUAGUAGGAGAUAUAGUUAUUAGUAACACCAAGCUUAGAAUAUUAGCAUAUGUUCUAAAUGAUCAGCUUCACACUGUGAGAGAUAAGAUAUUCACUCUUGAUCAAGAGUUAAAAAAAAUGGCUAAGGGAGUAGAGUUUGCUCUUUUAAGAGCAAAAGUAGCGGGAAUGGGUGAAAUGGACAGUGAUGCCCUCAGCAGAGCACAGGCAGCAAUCCAGCAACUACAAGCUGAAGUUGAGAAACUUCAUGGAACAACCAAGGAUAUCCUCGAAGAAAAUUCAAGCAGAGCUAAAGAAAUUGAGAAACUAUUUGCCUAUUGUGACAGACUUCAAGAGGAGAAGGCUGACAAGGAUUUCGUCCAAUCAGAAAUGGAUGUUAAAGCAGACAAGAGGUCAUUGGACAACAAGGUCAACCAUUCUUUGUUUGAUACAACAACUAACGAUAUCAACAAGAUGAUUAAAGAAAUAUUGGAUAAACUUGCAGGAAAUGAGGAAGCUUGGAACCACCAGUGCAAGGUGUUUACUGAAGAUAUUGAUAGCAAACUGGAUCGCUUAGAACUAGAUCCACUUAAAGAAUGGUUAGAAAGUCGUCUGAAGGCCUUGAAUGAGAAACUGAAGAAACAAAAUCAAGCACCUGUAGAAUGGUCUGAAGAUGAUGCUGCUGGAAUUAGAAGACAACUUAUACAGAAAUUCCAUUGUAUAUCAUGCGAUAGGCCAGUAGAUAUUGUGCCAACAGGGCCAGUACCAUCAUUACCAACUCAUAAUGGACUACACCCCACCAGAUCACCUAGGCCUUACACUACUUUCGAAUUAGACCAGAUAAGACAACAUGCUAAGAGACCUCCUGUAGGUAGAAACAACAUUAAUUUUGAACGUGCAUUGGCUGAAAAACAGUUAGCCAGAAUGCGUAAAUCUGAUCUGAAAGCAUUUCUAGUUCAUUUUGGCCAAGAUCUUGAAGCCCUUCAACAACAGAAAGAUGCUUUGCUUUAUGCAAAUUCUGAAAUAGCGGACUACUAUGCAACAUCAAGAUCAUGUGGAGGUCAACACACAACUACAUUCCCACAAAAACGCAUAACAAAGUUGUCACAUCUAAGCCACUUAUUCAGGGAGGAAGAGCAGACUACCAACAUUUAUCCACUGUACAAGGAAGAAGUAGAUGUACAAGGUGCCGAUGGAAACAUUUAUAAAGGAAGGAUGGGUCGUAUUGAAGCUAAACUACCUGUAAUGCAAAAGGAGAGAAGCAUGGUGCAGAGACUAGACAAAAGUCCUCAACCAAUGAGACAACAAAUAACACGAGUAGCAAGACCAGCUUCGGCAAAACACUCUCCAAGGCCACCAUCCAGCAAAGGUGGCUCACGGCCACAAUCAGCACAUCCAUCAGCUUCACAGCAGGAAGUACCAGCGAACGAGUCAUCACACACCACUCCUGCCCCGUCUCAAUCUCCUGUACCCCCGGAGGACAUACCACAACAGCAGUCUAUAGAAAUCCCAGCCGAGAGCUGAGCCGACUGAAGAUAUUGUAGAAGUGUAGUUAACUAACUAGUUAUAACUGCUAAUUAUUAUAUCAGUUUUAUAAGAACGUUUUAGAAACAUGUGAAAUGUUCUAAUGUGAGUGAUGUAGUUCUAUGCAAAGUACUGAAUUCUUCAUCUUUUAAUAAUAUACUUUCUAGAUAUCAAAUUUUUACAGCUUUCGAGGAAAUUUAUUAUUGUUAAGCACCUUGUUCAUUUAAUUUACUAUUUAUUUAGGUAAUCAUUUUAAUGAUGAAGAAUUGACAUGGUAUAUGUUAUGUAUAUUUUUCUUAUAAUUGUCUAGAUCUCUCUUGCUGUAUUUUAUCCUAACACUUAUGAAGGGCAUUGGUUGUUUUUUGAAAAAAUUACUUUGUUAUCGGAGCAGAAUCUAUCAUUGGUAUAUAAAGAGCAAGAUACCUUUUUGAUGGGGUUAGAGACAGUGUCAGAUGUUUAAUUAUGGAAAUUGAAAGAUAUUUUUGAAAAUUAAUAGAAAGUUGUAUGUCAUAAAAAAUGUAGUAAAGAUAUAAGCUUGUGGUAUGUCUCAUGCUUGUAACUCAGUUAGGAUAAAAUACCAAGUCAGCACUCUCACCUAUAUAUGUGCAAUGUGUAUACACUGUUUAGCAAUAUGUAUAAUACUUUAUAAUGUCAUAUGUAGUUGUUUAUGUACUAUGUUAUACUAUGGGACAUUUAAUCGGGUUAUGUAUAUUUUCUGUUGAGAUAUUGAGACUGUAUGAGAUUUCAAUAUAUUGGAAAUGGGAAAUCAAUAUAAUGUAAACAGAAGGGAAACCUGAAGUUGCUGUUCCAUAUUUUUUACAGAGCCAAACGAGACAUGCUACAGUAUAAUUUAAGCAGUAUUAUUAAGUAAUUUUGAUUUAAUUGUUGUUGUAAAUUUUUGUUGAAUACUUAUUUAACCACGGUGCACUACUUUUAUGUUUUAAUGUUGACCUAUUUCUUUUUCAACAAACAAAACAAAUUUAUUGUUUGUUUUAGCAAGUUUUCUAAAUGUUUUUAAAUGAUCUUUCAAUUGUUGUGAAAUUAUGUUUGAAAAAAAAGUAUAUUAUGUCUUUUAGUCCUGUUUAAUAUAUAAUAUUGCCUGGGUUUUUUUUUAGAAAGUCUUUUUACAAAUUGCCUUGGAUUUUGUACUUUCAUUUUCAUUUAAAAGUAUAUUUUUAGUCUUUGAUCAUUUAAAUAAAGCAUGAUAUAAUUAUUUUCUUUAUAUAGAAUAAUUAAUUUUUAUACAAACACCUAUUUUGAUAGAAAUGUAAAUGUAGAUUUAUUCUUCAGGCUGAUUUUUCCUUGUUGUUUAUAUGUUUAAAGCUGAAAUUUGAUAUGAAAAAGAAGUUUAUUCUGUCCAUUUUAAAUGUGAUAUUUUGUUUUGACCAUUCCGUCCUAUUUUUGUUGAUUUGACAGUAUUUAAGAUUUACGAGAUAUUUAUUGUUUUACCUGAACUGUGAUAGUGUUUCAAUAUUAUGUAGUUACUGUUAUCCUUUUGUUGAAGUUUCUCUGGUCUUUCUUUCUAAGGGAGAUAAUAACAAAUGUACACCAAUUUUAUUCAUUAAAAUAUUUUUUCAAAACAUUUUUAACGUU